UUACAAGGGGUAUUUGCUACCUCCCACCAAUACAGGUACUGGGUAACUCGACCGGUCCACUAAAACUUAAACGGAAAGAAAUCACCAAAUGCUUUUGUCUCCACUGAAAUUUGAACCUAAUACCUCAUGUUUCUUAACCCGUUUCAUUAAUCAAUAGGUCACACCCUUAGGUGCGUGGUCCUCACAUAUUCUCUCCCUUCUCUUUCACCUUUAUUGCUAAAUUUCACUUUAUUCAUCAUCUCAUAUUCUUGUGCUUCUCACUCUAAUUUUCCUCAACUUGUUCUUUUCCCCCCCUCAAAGAGAUGGAAACCGGCAAAUUGGAAGGGAAAAUAAACAUGAAGGAAGUGGAAAUGGAAGAGGAUGACGAGGAAGACGAAAAUUUUGUAGAGGAUACCAAAAGGAAGAGGGUCUUGACUCGCUCCGGAAGGAAGGUAUCCACGGGAGAGGGGUCAAGGCAGCCUUCCUGUCAAGUCGAGGACUGCAUAGCAGAUAUGGCAAAUGCCAAGGCUUACCAUCGCCGCCACAAGGUCUGUGAAUUUCAUGCAAAGGCUCUGGCGGUAUUUAUUGGCGGACUCCAACAACGUUUCUGUCAGCAAUGCAGCAGAUUUCAUCAGUUGGCGGAGUUUGACGAAGCAAAAAGGAGUUGCAGGAGACGUUUGGCAGGCCACAAUGAACGCCGCCGUAAAUCACAUGAUUCUCCAGGAGAAGGGUCAAUUUGAAGGGGUAUCAGUACAAUGCAGAGAAAUCACCUACUUGUGGACUGAUGGGAACAGAAACUUCCUAUGAAACAUAUGGAGUUUUACCAUGCUCGCUCUCUUCUGUCAUUUGCCAAAUUUCCUUUUUAACAAAAAUUGUUAUCUUCAGGUAUGCAUUGAGUAGUAAUCUCAUUUCACUUGAAAUGAAAACAAUAUGAAAGAAUUUGUCUUCAA